AAGUCGCUGCAGAUACAAAAGGCGGACUUCACGGUGAACAGCAUCAUCGACAAGAUCAAUCGCAACAAGGUGAACCUGCGGCCGUCGUAUCAGAGGGAAUACGUGUGGACGGUUCGCACCGCUUCCAAGCUCGUGGAGUCGCUCAUGCUCAACAUCCCGAUCCCGACGAUGUUCUUCCACGAGGUCGACGGCGGGUGCCUCGAGGUCGUGGACGGGAAGCAGCGGCUGACGUCCGUGUGGAGCUUCAUCCAGGGCGAGUUCCCGGACGGCACUAAGUUCAAGCUGAAGGGGCUGGAAGUGUUCGACGAGCUCAACGGCAAGACGUUCGAAGACCUCCCGGAGGAACUCAAAGAACGCAUCCUCGACCACCCGCUCAACGUGCACACCAUCUCGCGGCAGUCGCAGCCGGACUUUGUUUUCGAAGUGUUCGAGCGUCUCAACAUGGGCGCGACGCAGCUCAACGAGCAAGAGCUCCGGAACUGCAUCUACCAAGGGUUGUACACGGAUCUCCUCUGCGAGCUCGCGGAGGACGAGCACCUGCUGUCGUGCUACCGGUCGAACCAGCCGCACUUGCGCAUGAAGGACCGCGAGCUCAUCCUGCGCUUCUUCGCGAUGCAGCGCACGACCCCGAGCGGGUUCAGCUCGCCGAUCAAGUCGUGGCUGAACGAGGAGAUCCGCGAGAACAAGGACAUGACGCCGCAGGAGGCGAAGGAGAUGGCGGCGACGUUUCGCGGCGCGAUCAAGAUCGCGUGGGAGGUGUUCGGGGAGUGCGCGUUUCGACCGGUGGCGCCG